CGCACUCGCUGCAAGCAUUGCACAUCCCAACUGUCCCCCCCCACCCCCGGGACGAUCAUGUUGGAUUCAUUCGUGAACAACUACGUCGCACCGCCUCCAGUGGCGCUACCUGACCCUGAGCAGGUUCUGUCCUCCACGGAGCCCUAUGAUAUCAACUAUGCUCUCCCGCUGCACCUUGAUACACUGUCAAGCCCCACUGUCCGCUUGACGCCUUUCAUUCCCGCCGCGCAUGCCAAGACGCUGUGGGACCACAUCGGCCCACAGUCUUACGAGCUCUUCAAAUACUACGCCUCGAUGCCCGGGACCUUCCCAGAGUUCCUAGCCUUGAUCGAGACGAUCCGGAGCGAGCCAGAAUGGUGCGGCUUCGCCGUGAUCGACAGGACAAAAUCUCCUACGAAGGAAGAGGCAUGGCAGACCGACGGCGAUGGCGUUCUGGCUGGUUUCAUGGCACUCGUCAGGACGUCUGCUGCCCACUUGUGGACGGAGAUAGGUUAUGUCGUGGUGUUCCCCGCAUUCCAGCGCACACAUGUCGCACGCACGGCGGUCGGCCUGCUCCUCCGCUACUGCUUGCAGACACCCAUUGCGUCUCCACCCGGUAUAGGCUUCCUCCGCAUAUAUUGGGCGGCACACCCGAAGAAUAAACCGUCGAUAGCGCUUGCGAGGCGGAUGGGGUUUAAGGAGGAGGGCUUGCUUCGAUGGAUGGCUGUGCUACCCAAUGUCAAGGAGAUGAAUGAAGAAGGCGAAGCAGUGGAGAGGAACGGAAAUAUUGAGAGUUAUGGCAGACAUACCACGUCUUUCGCGCAGUGCUGGGAUGAUUGGGAAUCGGGAGGAAGGGAGCUGAUCGGAGCGAUUAUACAAGGAUAGAGAAGCAACCGCCUGCAGUACCUUGCACUCUUUACGUUGUAAUCUGAGAUUGCACAGCUAGUCCCAGCUCCAUUAGCUCCGCGAAGAAGGCGGGAAUUAACGGACACCUGAACUGACA